GACUUUCUCUUAGCAUCCAGAGCCCCCCUUCCUAGCCAGGAGCAUUACCUUUCCGCAGCCUCCAUCCCUUUCCAGGAGAUUCCAACAAGGACCAAGACAAACGGAUCUAACAAGGAAGCCUGCUCUCUGCAGAUUUGUGACCGUAGCCUCUGAAUACAUUCUAACCCUAAGAGUCCACCUCAGGAUGAGUUUCAUAUGGUUCCAGCCCUAUUAUUUGGGCUGCUGGCAAAUGGAAAUUUUCAGUGACGCACAGGUAGUUGAAGCCAGCGAGUGGUUUCUCAAGACUGGCACUGCAUGCAGACUCUGGAAGGAGAGGAAACCACACGUGUGGAUGGCACUGUACCUCUUCUAUGAGAACCCACCACUUGGGCGUCAUUGUGGGUGGUCUCUUGGCUGCCCUCAGGGGCUCAAGCCCCUCCCACUGAUCCCUACCUCAUCCCCUAGACUAACCGUCCUGCUCUUCAUGCCCAGACCACUGACUAUGAACUGCUCCUCUGGUCCGCAUAGGACAGGUCCUCCAGUGAGCUUGCCCCAAACACAGACCCUUCCUCUCCAUAUGACAGCACAUCACACCCCCAGCCUCGCUUCAACACCCUUUGCUCCCCCUGCCCUUCCCUGGAGUGUGUGUGAAUUCCUCAUAUUAGAACACUUGCUUUCAUUCCUUUGAAGGAGCAAAUUUUCCCUGGCCUCCACACCUCACCCCAGAGUGAGGGCUGCUUUCUUCACUAUGUGCUGCUCUCUCUGAAAUGCUCUCUUCGGCAAGCAUUACUGCAAACUGGUUAAGAGCAUGGACUCUACAUCCCAUCGCCCAGUUCAAACUCUAGCCUUACCAUUUACUAGCAGAGAGGUCUCGCGCGCCUGAUUUAUCCACUCAGCAGCCCAUCAGUGAAGUGGGGAUGCGGACAGCCGCUUCUCUGGCAAGGCCCUUAGGAAGAUGAAAUGAGUCCUGAGUCCGUAUGUGUAAAGAAGAGUGCCUAGCUCGCGGGAAGCCUUCUGUAAAUGUCAGCGAUUGCUACUAUUCUCCUCACCCUGAUACUACUCUAAGAGGCCCGGGGGGUGAGUGAAAGUACUUUGAAUUUAAACUCAAGUAGAGUUGAGGGUUAAAAUUAGCUGUGGCACCUUUUGGGCAAGUCCCAAAUCUGACUGUGCCUCAGCUUCCAUAUUUGCAAGGUCAGGCCAAAAACAAACAAACAAACCCUACUGCCUAGGGGAGUUUCAGGGAUUAAAGGGUCUAGCCAGCUAGUCUGGAUCUCUGCAGCCUUGCACGCUAGGUACUCAAAGCACAGCUCUGUAUUGCAUUUUUGAAAUGGACAGUUAUUGCAGUUGGGAGCAGUGGUCGCGAGAUUAGUCCUCUUUCCCUCUCCAUCCCCCUUGCCCUGGCGCCUGUGAAACGGAGCAUCCCCAUGGCAACGGCAGCAGCUGGUCCCUAGAUAAGAGGAGCUGGAGCUGGGCAGCAGCCACUGUUGCAGACUGCAGAGGAGAGCGGGCCCAGCUUCAGGGAAGAGACUUGCCCUCCCCAUCUCUCACCUCAUCCCAGCGCCUGAACUCAUUGUGCCGGAGAAGAAACACCUCCUUCGAUGAUGUCCACUGAGCAAAUGCAGCCAUUGGAGCUCUCAGAAGACAGACUGGAUAAGCUAGACCCUCGUUGUGACCACUUAGAUGAUCUUUCAGACCAGUUCAUUAAAGACUGUGAGCUCAAAAGGAAGCCAAGAAAGGGAAAAAAUGCACAGGUCACCCUGAAUGUUGAGUCAGACCAAAAAAAACCAAGGAGAAAAGAUACACCAGCACUGCACAUCCCACCUUUUAUACCAGGUGUGCUUUCAGAACACUUAAUUAAAAGAUACGACAUUCAAGAGAGACACCCAAAGGGCAAAAUGAGUCCAGCUCUUCAUAACACUGACCUGGAACAGAAAAAACCAAGGAGAAAAGACACACCUGCCCUGCACGUGUCCCCCUUUGCAGCAGGUGUGACACUGCUCAGGGACGAGAGACCCAAAGUGAUCAUGGAAGAUGACGAAAAGGAUGGUGACAAGAUAGCUAUUUAAAGAGAGCACCCAUGAGACCACUUGUAAAUAGGUUAGACUGGUUCCCUGUGGCGACCUAGAAAAAAAAUAGACUUGCUUCUGCUCUCAUUUUGUGAUAGUCCGCCUUUGAGAUCCAGACAAGUUCCCCCAAGAGCCACACUGUAUCAGAUUGCCAGGCUCCUCUUUGUCUCGCUCCUCCUUGAAUCUGGUUUCUAUUCCCACCUCUUGAAUGUCGUUUUCUAAUGCAGGGGAAAGGAAACAGAUCAUCCUAAAUUAGGAGGUAACAGGGAAAGCUCUAGUAUUCAGCUUCUGAAUCUUCUGGAUCGAUUCGUGGAGCAAAGAACACGAACAGCAUGGAAGUGCUUUGUUUCUCGGUUUAUGUUGGCGGGCAGGACUUCACACUACAUUAUCCAAAUAGCAGUUCAAGUGGGGACUCCCUGUUGCCAGUUAGGAAGGCAAGAAUGUUUGGGUGCAGACUCACUGAUUGCUUUGGAGAACACCGUCUUUUAUCUCUUGUAUCUUUCCUCAAGAGUCCAAGUGUCUCUGGUGACAUUUCUAAGGUCCUUGUAACCCAUACCAUAACUGUGAAUGAACUGGGGGAGUCAAACCAAUCAACCAUGCAUUGGCUGAAAAUACCAGAGAUAGGGAGGGCUGGUCUACUGAGAAGCUUAGCAAUAUAUCCUAUUUAUUUUUAUUUUUUGAAAUAUCUCUUAACCAUGUUGUCCUGAAAUUUGUGAGCUGUGUCAUACGUGAAUCAUUACUAAGGAUAGGUAGAAUAUCGUUUGUGAUAAAUUUACUUUUUAAAAGAUAUUAAUUAAGGCCAGUGGAAGGCCACUUCUAUAUUUUUAGCUUUCUCAAUUAUUUAGAGCCUCAUAUGCUUUCUUGGAUGGGAUGGAAAGAUGUGGUGUUCGCUACUGAGCGGAGAUCUAUACAUAGCCCCUGUCCCAGCCUGCUGUCUGUGGGUGCCAUGGGAAGUCUUUGCAUGAGGGCCUCAUCCAACAGAUGAUGGACGUGGGGAAAGGCAAAAAUUGUUGUUCAAAAGUAGAGAGGUGGAUAUUCAAACAGAUCUCGCCUAAAAGUGGUAAUUUCGAAGUUCUGUAUACACCCUGGCUCCAAGAGGCUGUCUUUCUCACAAAUGUGGAACAGGGGCAGGCCACUGCUGGUAAUA